AGUGGAAUGAAAGAUGAGUCGUGCAGAGAACGAGGCAUAUUGGGGUGCCACAGACACAGCACCCCAGGCCUUGGAUAAUUUCUUCGACGAGGAUUGUGAAGUUACAUGGACUGGGACAUCUUCAAACUUCCAGUUCUCCAAGCAGAGUUCCCAUAGCAGCAGUGGCAAUAUUUCAACCACUUCUAGUGUAGGUGCUCUUGCAAACAAUCUUAGCAGUACAAGUAUUGCAGACAACAUAACACAUUCCACCCAUGACUGGAAUUCAGAGGGAACUUCUAGUGGUCGCCUGGCCAAAGGCUUUGGGAAAGCAAUUGGAGAGAAGCUUGAUUCCUUCAAGCCUCCCUCCGUCUCAAUUAAAUGGAAUGCUUCACAGGGUCAAGGGAGUGCCAGCUGUUUGCAGUGUAGUGCCAAGGACGAGGAAAUUGUUCAGCUGAAGAGACGCUUGGAAAACUCGUAUUCCCGCUACAAUUUGACACUUCCUCCCGAUGACACUGUGAACCGUAUUGUUCUCGGGCAGCCCUAUUCCCUCGAGAGUUACCGCAGUCAUGAGGACAAAUGUUCGUUGAUUGAUGUGGCUUUAAGUACUAUGGAUGGAGGGGCAAUCCUGGCCACUGUUCUGCACAUGAAGAACACCGUUAAAAAGAACUUGUUUAUUAAGGAAAUGCAAACACGGUCCCAUGCUGCACAAGUUUACGUCCAUUACCUCAAACAGCGGCAUAGUUUUGCUGAAGCUAUUGACUUUUUGGGAUUGCUUGGGAAAAAUGAAGAAGCUGCAAUUCUAACAUAUCACAUGGCUGUAACAAGUAAAGACACAGCUACUAAACUGGCUAACUUGAAGAAGGCUUUGCAGACAUCAUUUAGUGAUCCUGGUCUGUCUCAUGAAGCAAAAAUGGUGAAGGAUCAUAUACAGCUAUUAGAGAGACAAAUCCUGAUUGACGAGGCAGAUGCACAUGACCAAAGCAAUCCCAUGCUGGUAGAGUACCCACGAGUGAGCAGCAUCACUGACAAGUCCUUGCUCACCACCCUCUUCUACUGCAGCAUGUACCACUGGGAUGCUCCUGAGUCCCACCCCGCUAGCCCCACUGCUCUAAGGAAGGCACAUGGCAUUCCUGAGAGGCAGGUGCUGUGGACAGUGAUUAGGGGCCGGGCCAGGGUCAAUCACUGGCCCUUGCCCAAUGACCUGGAUAGUUGGAUGGGCAAUAAGGUGAGGAGGGACGUCAAGCUUGUGGGUUGUAAAUGGUCUUAUGUGUGUGAUGUGAGUUACUCUGGAAUUACUCUAAUUAUUUUUGUGAGUGUGAUAAGCUAUGUUUUUGUUGUGGAACAUUUAGAUAAUUGUAAACUGAUUUUAUCAAUUUUAGGAUUGCUUGGGAAAAAUGAAGAAGCUGCAAUUCUAACAUAUCACAUGGCUGUAACAAGUAAAGACACAGCUACUAAACUGGCUAACUUGAAGAAGGCUUUGCAGACAUCUUUUAGUGAUCCUGGUCUGUCUCAUGAAGCAAAAAUGGUGAAGGAUCAUAUACAGCUAUUAGAGAGACAAAUCCUGAUUGAUGAGGCCGACGCACACGACCAAAGCAAUCCCAUGCUGGUAGAGUACCCACGAGUGAGCAGCAUCACUGACAAGUCCUUGCUCACCACCCUCUUCUACUGCAGCAUGUACCACUGGGAUGCUCCUGAGUCCCACCCCGCUAGCCCCACUGCUCUAAGGAAGGCACAUGGCAUUCCUGAGAGGCAGGUGCUGUGGACAGUGAUUAGGGGCCGGGCCAGGGUCAAUCACUGGCCCUUGCCCAAUGACCUGGAUAGUUGGAUGGGCAAUAAGGGAUUGCGAGGAGCUCUGGGAUCACUGACAUCUGCAUUUACGGGUUCUAGUAGAUUAGUGAAGAAUGUCUUGCCAGUUGAGCAGGUAGUACACACCCUGGCAGCUAGCAAUGCUCCAUCCAAUGUGCUGGCUGCAUACAUUGCUUUGCUGGACUCCAUGGACACUCGCCUGAAGUUAGCCGUCAAUCACAAGUGUCACCAAGCUGCUGUGGAGGUUUUCAUUGCCCAGAAGGACAGAGAAGCUCUCGAAAAAUACAUGAAGGAGAUUCCAGCAGGCUCUCCAGAAUACAUAAAGGCUGAGAGUGCUUUAAAAACUGUACGUUGGAAGAACUAAGAGAAAAUGACUCGGAAUGCCAAGUUGUGUUUUGUAGUUAUCUGUAUCUCUUUGAUUUUCUGCUUUUCAUCCUCUGUUUUGGAUAUUCUGUCCUUCUGCACAGCACAUAUUCUGUCUA